GCGCACACAACUAACUGACAACACACUGGCAAACUAAACAGAGAAGCACAGCGAAAUAAUAAAGCUUACGGGCAUGGAUAAAUCGAAGCUGAAAACGCGCUUUUCUCCGGUGAGGAAAUCAACGCCAACGUGUAGUUGACAACUUAUUGUGAGAUCAAUGGAUGCUUUGCACCUGUUUGCAUCCACUUAAGGGUCUCGGUGCUGGGACAGCUGGCUAGACCUGGUGGUGCGGUCAGUUUCAGCAGCAGCGGCAUCAGAGCUGACGUAUUCAUAGAGCAGAGCACAGCGAGUAUACACAAUGUCUUCAGCGGUAUUGGAGAAAUUGCUCAGAGGUCGUCUCUUUCAUGCCAGGCAGUACCUCAUGAGGCAUAAAUCUAGGAUCACAAUGGCACCUGCUGAAAACUGUGAUAUUGUUUUAACAUUCCCAGACACCACAGAUGACCAUACGCUGUUAUGGUUACUUAACCAAAUCCGUCUGGGGAUUCCACAAAUCAGAAUCCAGAUUCGGCAACAUAAACACUCUCACACCUAUGCAUUCUUCAUUACCUCAACCUUUGAGAACUUGUUGCGUGGAGCUGAGCAGAUGGGCAUGCAAAAGGCAGUGAAGCCGCGGUAUGGAGGCGGCACUCGCAGGUUUUCCUGUGAGGAGGACGACAUCUACGAGAACGUAGAGAGUGAGCUGUGUUUCUUCACAUCACUGGAGCGUCAGAGUAUUAUCAAAUAUUGUCUGGACAAUCUGAGGGCCAAACAGGGUCAAGCCCUUCAUAAUAUUCACUUCCUGGAGGGUCAACCAAUCAUACCAGAGCUUUUAGCCAGGCGUGUAAUUCUUCAAAUGUUUCCUAUUCAUGAGCAGAGAAUUCUGAACCAGCUGAUGACAUCCUGGGUUCAGGCGGUCUGUGAGAAACAACCCCUAGAUGACAUCUAUGAUUAUUUUGGGGUGAAGAUUGCAAUGUAUUUUGCAUGGUUGGGAUUUUACACCAACUCUAUGCUUUACCCAGCUGUGAUUGGCUUUCUGCUUUGGAUCUUUGCUGAGUCUGAUCAGACAAGCCAGGAUAUCUGCUGUGUGGUGUUUGCCCUUUUCAAUGUGAUUUGGGCAACACUUUUCCUGGAAAGAUGGAAGCGUCGGGAAGCAGAACUGGCGUAUAGGUGGGGCACACUGGACACCCCUACAGAGUCACUGGAAGAGCCCCGUCCACAGUUUCGGGGAGUUAAACGUCGCAGUCCAGUGACCGGAUGUGAAGAGUUUUUCUAUCCACCCUGGAAGAGAAGCAUGUUCUGCUGGUUGGUCAGCUUUCCCAUCUGCAUCCUCUGUCUCGGCUUCGUAUGCUUGCUUAUGUUUAUCUGCCUGGAACUUCAAGAAUUUGUCAUGGAAACAAAAGAGUUGCCAAGCAUGUGUAGAUUUAUUCCCAAAAUUCUUCUGGCUAUAACUGUUACUGUAUGUGAUGAAGUGUACAAGAAAAUAGCUCUCUGGCUCAACGAUAUGGAAAAUUACAGGCUUCAGAGCACGUACGAUAAUAAUCUCAUCCUCAAGACUGUUUUUUUUCAGUUCAUAAAUUCUUACCUCAGCCUUUUCUAUAUCGGAUUUUAUCUCAAAGAUAUGGAGCGGCUGAAAGAGAUGCUGGCUACGCUGCUGAUCUUCAGACAGUUUCUACAAAAUAUAAAAGAAGUAUUACAGCCCUAUCUCUAUGAGCACCAUAAACUGGGAGCUCUUAGGACCUUAUGGGACUUAAUUCACAGUAUGUUCUUGAACUAUAGUCAUUUGAUAGUACAAAGAAUUCGACUGACUUUCCAAGCCCGGCCAGAUGAAAAUAAAUGUGGCAUGUCUCCAGACCAAUCAGAGAAGAGAGAAAGGAAGAGCUUAAUUGCCAGCUACCGAGUUCCCAAAACAGAGGAAGGGGAUGAUGAUGCUUGUCUAAAGCAAAGGAAGGUCAGUUUCACUGAGAAGGUGGAAUACAAUGAAAGAGUUGUGGAAACACCAAAACAAGGGAGCUUGCAGGACGAUGGCAGUCCUACACUUGUGGAGGAAGGAAUGGAUCCAUCCUCUAUAUUUGACAUCAUGUGUGAUGAUGAUGAUGUUAUUGAUAAGGAAACUGACGAAACCACGAGUAAACUGCAGGGGGCUCAGAAGAGAAAGACCAGAUCUGGAGACAGCGACAGUAUGGAAAAGAAAAUGUCUUGGAUGGACCCCCCUGAGGAGAAUGAAUCUACUUUUUUGACUCAAACAGAGAUUGAAAGUUGUAUGCUAAUUUACGAGGAUACUCUCCAAGAUUACCAAGAGAUGUUCAUACAGUUUGGCUAUGUGGUGCUAUUCUCCUCUGCAUUUCCCUUAGCAGCGAUGUGUGCCCUCAUAAACAAUAUUGUAGAGAUCCGUAGCGAUGCCUUAAAACUUUGCACUGGUCUCCAGAGACCCUUUGGGCAAAGGGUAGAGAACAUUGGACAAUGGCAGACCGCAAUGGAGGUUAUGGGUCUGAUUGCAAUAAUUGUGAACUGUUACCUUAUUGGCCAAUGUGGACAGCUACAACGACUCUUCCCCUGGUUGAGCCCUGAGAUGGCCAUUGUUUCUGUUGUAGUACUAGAGCACUUCGCCAUUCUACUCAAAUAUGUAAUUCAUAUUGCAAUUCCUGAUAUUCCAAACUGGGUGGCAGAUGAGAUGGCCAAAUUGGAAUACCAACGUAGGGAAGCACUCAAGAAACAUGAACGUCUGGCUCAGCAGCAUCAGCAGCAGCAUCGGAGAAAGACUGAAGAAGCAGAAGAGCAUCAAAAAAUGGCAGAGGAACUGGCACGUCAAGACAGCGAACGAGAAAAGUCCGAUCUUAGUGGAGGUGAAGAUCAACACCACGAUAAAAGUCCAGGGGCCAAAUUCAUCACUGGGGAUAGACUCAAGAGACCCAGCUCCCUUUUGGGCAACAAUAAUGUCAUGAAAUUUAAACAGAUAAUCCCACUUCAGGGUAAAUUCACUUCUACCACUUCUCCCACGAGUGGUGAGGCCAAACUUCCAGGUUUUCUAAAGUUCCUCAAGUCUCAAGAGGUGAAAAAGGAAGCCACUGCCGCAGCUGUGACAGCAGCUACACACGGGAGCCAAGAGAAAUCACAGUCUCCAAGCAAAUCCUUCAAUCCAGGCAAACUCUUUAACUUUGGUAAAGACAACAUGUAUAUUGGUGCAGAUCAGCAAGCUAAAGCAGAUGCCUCUAGGGCCAGUAAUGCACAACACCUUAUUCUUGACCAAACCCCUUCGUCAGAAGAGCUGCCAUCUUCUGAGGUUGAGAAUACAGACUCUGAUACUAAUCCUUUAAAAAAACAGUGAAU